CGAGCUAAUGAUAAAUACAUUUACUUUUCGAGCAGUUGAUAGUUUAGCUCCUACAGAUUGUUUGUCUCAGGACCCGAUGAAGCACGUUGAAAUGUUUACGCUUUAUGCGCGGCUAGCUGUCGACUCCAAUAAGUGCUAUUCUAUCAAUGACUUGUGUUUGAAUACAUGACAAGUAAUAUAACAAAGAGGCAACAAGCAACACCUCCGUACAGAGCAGCUACGAAUGAAAACCAAUUCUAGUUAGUUUAGCUGUAACUGUGCGGCAAACCUCUCAACUGUUAAUAAGUGAGCUACUGCGUGUAUUAGUUAUUAGAAACAAACAUGGCAUCUUCACUGGUAGUUCCUGUCAUUGAUGUUCAUAAAGAUAAUUUCAAAGAGCUAUGGCCUGCUAUGGUUAUAGCUAUUAAAACGUCCUCCUUCGUUGCACUUGACACGGAGCUGAGUGGUCUUGGGAACAGGAAAUCCUUGCUGGCCGAGUCUAUAGAGGACAGAUUUAAAGCUAUAUGCCAUGCAGCUCGCUCUCGCUCCAUCCUCUCUCUGGGAAUCGCCUGCUACAAGAAACUGGACAACAAGCCGGCAGACACGUACAUGGUCCAGGUGUACAACCUCACCCUGCUGUGUUCAGAGGAGUACAUCAUAGAGCCUCAGUCAGUCCAGUUUCUGGUACAGCACGGAUUUGAUUUCAAUAAGCAGUACGCCCAAGGAAUCCCUUACUGCAAGGGCAACAACAAGGGAGGGUCAGACAACCACGGUGUCCACAUCCGGGCGUUGUUCACUGAACUGCUGCGGGCCAGGAAACCCCUGGUGCUCCACAACGGCCUCAUCGACAUCGCCUUCCUUUACCAGAGUUUUUACGCUCAUUUGCCCGAGCGCUUGGCCACCUUCACAGCCGACCUGUCUGAGAUGUUUCCUGCCGGCAUCUACGAUACCAAAUACGUCACUGAAUUUGAGCUCCGGCUUACUGCCUCCUAUCUGGAGUAUGCCUACAAGAAAUGUAAGCUGGAUAACGGUCGCAGUGUGACCUCUGGAGGGGUCGGACCUCACGUUCAUGUGGAGUUCUGUCAGUAUGUCGGUCAGAUGUCCAGCUAUGUGGACUACAGGGUCUGUCCAGAUGUGGCGUCUGCUGAGGGAAAGACUGACAUCUGCCAGCGCUUCUCUGCAUUUGGUUGGUGUCUUAAUGGCACUCAGUGUCCUCUGUCCCACGACACUGACCUCAUCAUCCUCCAAGAUGAGAAAGGCAAGCAGGACAAGAGGAAAAAGAGGAAGAGAAACAGAGAGAAGAGAGCUGCGGGAGAGGUAGCGGAGGACUCGUCCAUCUUCGACAACGCCCCGGAAAACAAAAUACCACACAUGGAAGUGGAUCCAGAAGAGACGGGAGACGGACAGAAAGAGACGACCGCUGAGCCGUGUGAGGAGGGGAAACAGAAUGAAGGGGAAAACAUGAAAACAGACAGCGAGGGGAACGGAGUGUGUGAGCACAACACGGACUCUAGAAACUCUGCAACAACCGCUGUUACAAAUGACGACAACGGUGUAGAAAACACAGAAGGAGAGGUGACGAUAGAAAAGUGUAACGAUCCCACCGCUAAGACUGAGAAGAAGGCCGACUCAGGGACGCACAGGGCCGGGUUUGACGCUUUCAUGACAGCAUACAUCUUCGCCUACUCGUUCAGCAAAAUCAAGAAGGACGGGGCGGAUGAUAGUGCAGAGGAGAAGGAGCAGACGUGGCUCCCGACCGCUCUCAAUAAGGUUUACCUCAGCGGCAAGGCGGCUCCUCUCAACGUGGUUAAAAGCACCUUCUCCAAGUCAUCCAAGGCCCACCUGCAGAAGAUGGAGAUGGUGUGGGGGAAGGGAGUGUAGCGGUUACAGAAGGCAGGGAGAUAAGUUUAUACACAUGCAGGGUCACAUUUUAUUUUCUAGAUAUGUCAGUGUGAGUUGGUACACCAGCUUUGUCCACACUGGAAUAACUAGACAGAUAUCAGAUGGAUUGCUGCCAUUCAAAUGAAUUUUUAUUGAGAUUUUUCUUAAAAUUCAAGGUCCUGUGAAGAUGAAUCCUGCUGACUUUAUUGAACUCCACCACGAGGUUGACAUUUUUGUUUUUAGUGAAAUGUCUUGACAACUGUAGGACAGGUUGCCAUGGUAUCCAUAUACUGAUCUUCACAGCAUACUGUUUUUUCAUUUAGCAUACAAGAAAUCAACGUAUGAUGUUUUAUAUGAGCAGAAAAUGGUGCUCAGCUUCAGUCUUGUUUCUGGUGCACAAUGACUGUUCCACCCUCAUAGAGGCACCACUGUGGUUUCUUUAUUUUUAUUUAAGAAUAUGGUGAUUUUGGCAGUAAUGCUCACUUAUUUUUCAUGCCAAAAAAUACAAUCUGACAAUCUAGAGAGAAUCAUAUUUUGGUCUGUUAUUACUCCUCAUCCCUGCCUUAUUCACUAGUCUUCUGUGGAUUUACUUACCGAACUGAAAAUACUCUUAAAAUAGAGAAAGUACUUGAUAAUGGCAUUAGUGAGUUAGUGUUUCCCUGGAAACGGCUACAGUGAGAUUAUG